UGCUGUUCCAAUCAAAAAACAAAAAAACAAAAAGAAAGAAAGGGUGUUGGAGGGACACUCCCUCUCAAAUUACAACAACCGAGCUGCAAAUUGUUGCCCACAUCAGCAAAACCUUUGACAAAUUGAUACAGUUUGCUUGUCCUCAAAACGAAAGCCCCUAUUGCUAUAUAUGUGGAAACGAUUCGUAGGCCAGAGAGAGACUCUCUCUCAGGAAUCUGAUGAAGUAACACUAACACUACUUAAAAACAGAAGAAGAAAGGAGAUCGAAAGAGAGAGAGAUAAAUCUCAGGGCAGCACCACCGUCGGUCGCCAACCACUGAAAAAGUGGCCUCCCUCAACCGUCAUGCAGCUGGAGACAUUACCGGUAAAGGUUUUCUUUAUUCUUUUUAAAAUUAGGCCAUAACUAUGAUUUUUGUUUGGAUGUUUUCUGUUUGAUAGGAUAGGUUUAAAUUUGAAUUUUAUUAAGGUUAUUGGAUUAGGUGUGGUUUAUGUUUAGGGCAUCUGUGUUUUGAGUAUUUUUGGUCUCUACAAUUUCAUUAAGCUCCUUGAAUGAGCAUUCCUGGCGAAGGGUUUCCAAUUGUUUUACUCAAUGUUUUUCAAGAACAAAUUUAGGUUUAUUUGACUUUCUCUUGGAUUCAAUUGUAGAUUUCAUUCACCAUUGAUUGAUUUCAAUUCCAAAUCCGUGUAAUAAAUCCUUGUUGGAAACAAUCCAAUUCUGAGUAAAAACAGUGCUAGCAGGUAUAAUUUCCACUUUACUGGAACCAUCACAAAUAUGUUUUAUGUUUGGAUAUAUUUGGUUGGAUUUUUUUGAUUCCUGUAGUUGGGUUAGAGUUUUUUUUUUUUGGUGUGUGUGUGUGCGCGUGUUUGUAUUUGUUUUGGAUAUUAGGAUUGAAUUGGUUCGGGCUGUUCUGUAAUUAAUUUUGCAUUCUGCAUGGUGAGGUGACGAGAGAAUUAGAAGCGUGUCCAAUGUGUCCAAUGCUGCCAACCGUAUCUUCUUUGCUGGAUGUCACUUCUCCCUCCAACAAUCUGUAAACUAAACAGGACAUGGUACGCUGCGCAGUCUGCAAAUAUUCGCGUAAGCGCAAUUGCGUUAACAAUUGUGCGUUUGCGGAAUUGUUUCCUGCUGAAGAUGAUGUGGACUUCAAAGACAUUGCGACCUUGUGGGGCUUGGGGAACGUUAAGAAACUGAUAUCGUCUGUGGAUGCCCAACAAAGACCAAAGUUGAUUAAGUCGUUAGUCUUUGAAGCCAACCAUAGGUUGAAAGACUCAGUCAAUGGGGUCUUGACAUACAUAAUAGAACUCGAACAAAAAAUAGCCGAUCUAGAGUCUGAACUUAAGAAUUGCCGUUUGCAAUCUUCCCAAAACUGGUUUUCUCGGGCACUAUUCCAUCAAGAAGUCCCUGGCCAAUUUGCGAUUCCCAAUCAGCCUAGCCCAUUUCCCAAUCCCAAUAAUGUCCAACAACAUUAUAACCCUCCAUAUAAUCAAGUUUUAAACCAGCCCCAAGUUCCCUAUUGCCAAUUGCAGCCAAAUCUACAACCACCACUAGGUCCACUUCCAAAUCCCAAUUAUCUCCAACAAGUCCAAAACUCAUUUCCAUAUUCUGGAUUUUCGAACCAGCCCCAAGUUCCCAAUUACCAAUUGCAGCCAAACCUACAACCACCACGAGGUCCAUUUCCCAAUCCCAAUUGUGUCCAAGAAGACCAUAAAUUAUUUCCAUAUCAUGAAGUUUCAAACCAGCUCCAAGUUCCCUGUUACCAAUCGCAGCCAAAUCUACAACCACCACGAGGUCCAUUUCCCAAUCCCAAUUAUGUCCAACAAGCCAAUCACCCAUUUCCAGACCAUCAAGUUUCAAACCAGCCCCAGGUUCCCUAUUACCUAUCGGGGCCAAACCUACCAAACUCGUUCUUCAACCAGCCAAUCCUACCAAACGGGCAGCCCCAAGGCCUCAACCAAUGGGGAAAUGACCCAAACCCAUUCUUCAACCAGCCAACCCUAACAAACGAGCAACUCGACCAAUGGGUAAAUGAACUACACGUAAAUAACCCAGCUGGAGUCAUAGCAGAUCCACCAGAUGCAAAUGGCCCAGGCGUAAACAUAGCAAAUAUCCAACAAGGCAAUCACCCAUUUCCAGACCAACAAGUUUCAAACCAGCCCCAGGUUCCCUAUUACCAAUCGGGGCCAAACUCGUUCUUCAACCAGCCAAUCCUACCAAACGGGCAGCCCCAAGGCCUCAACCAACGGGCAAAUGAUCCAGAGGUAGAUGUGCCAGCUGUAGUCAUAGCAAAUGAACCAGAGGCAAAUGACCCAAACGUAGUCACAGCAGAUGCACCAGAGGCAGAUGACCCAUUCUCACUCAUGGAAGAUGAACUAUUGGCAGAUGACCCAGAGGCGGAUGGGCUAGGCGCAAACACAUGUGACGCACAAUGUUGGAAUUUUCUAAGUGAUUUUUGUGGUGGUGUAGUUUAGAUUUCUAGCAUUUUAAUAAUGUAUCUGAUGACCACACGGUGCUGUCCGGUAGGUGUUCUCUUUUUGUAUUGUGUAGAUGUUGUUUCUAGUACAUGAGGAUCGUGUGACUUGUUUAUUUUUCAGCAUCAUCAGUAUCCAUUGUUGUAUUUCUAGCA